AUGACUCGGAGUGGUCGAGUAUACACUCCCGAACAACUUAGGAAAAAGGAUGUUCAUGGAGAAAAAAGGAAAGAAGAUAUGUAUCAUGCCAUAAAAGGACAAGAGACCAGUAAAAAGAUGGAGUCUAAAGAAGAAGCUAAUGAAUUUUUGAAGGCACUGAUGAAAGUUUUAAAUGAGGCCUAUGUUACUCACGAUAUCACCGUCGAUCAGUUUGGUGGAGUUAUCGAGGAAUUUGAGCGAAUAUUGGGUUACUCCCUAGAAAGAGGAAAUCCUUAUCGAUAUACUGGGCAACCACCGAAGUUGGACACAAUUGCUGAAGUGUUGAAGAUCGACAUAAGAGAGUUGGCAAGUACAAAAGAGGAAAAAGGGGCUAUUCAUGGGUUUUCAAGAAAAUAUCUAGAGCAAAAGUGCCAAGAUUUAGCCGAUAAAAAAGAAUGGAGUACUUUUAUAGAUGUUUUGGCUCUCAUUAUAUACGGUAUUGUUAUAUUCCCAAACCUUGAUAACUUUGUAGAUUUUGUUGCCAUAAACGUAUUCUUAGCUUUUAACAAACAUAAACAAAACCCAGUUCCUGCGGUUUUUGCUGAUGUAUACUACUCUAUGCAUAUGCGACACGGGAAGAAAGGGGGAAUAAUUUUAUGUUGUGUUCCAGUGCUGUAUACUUGGUUUGUGUCUCACAUGUUCAAGAAAGGGUAUCAUGUUGGGGUCAAGAGCAAUCGUGAAUGGGCUCAGAGUAUAGCUAGCCUUACUGGAGAUAAAAUUUCAUGGUACUAUAGAGAACAAGGGGUGGAAGAGGAUGAAACCAUAUACUGGGAGGAGCGUUUCAUGGUGUUGCUUGGGCAAUUGAAGAACCAAGAGAUUUAUAAAGAAUUGGAAGAUAAAGGCAAGCAUUGGAAAGAUUGCUUUUCGAAAUUGGCAAUGCUAGCUAAUCAGAUAAAAGCUAUUGAGGGGUAUAAUGUUUAUGGCCUUGAAGCUUUCGAUAUGUGUUUGGUUCCUGAUGUGACUAUCCCUGCCAAAUUCAAGGUUCCUGACUUUGAAAAAUACAAGGGCAACACAUGUCCUAAAAAUCAUCUAACUAUGUAUUGCAGAAAAAUGGCAUCUCAUGCUCAUAACGAUAAACUUCUCAUUCACUUCUUCCAAGACAGUUUGAGUGGGGCAUCGUUAAGUUGGUAUAUGCAUCUUGAGCGAAAUCAAAUUCGUUCAUGGAAGGACCUAGCUGAUGCCUUUUUGAAGCAAUACAGGUACAACGUUGACAUGGCCCCUGAUAGGAUGCAAUUGCAAAAUUCACUGAAAAAUGACAACGAAGCUUUCAAAGAAUACGCACAACGGUGGAGGGAAAUGGCCUCACAAGUAGAACCCCCAUUAUCUGAAAGAGAAAUGGUUGGUAUGUUUAUGGAUACUCUCCCGUCGCCUUUUUUUGACAAGAUGAUUGGGAGUAUGUCAUCAAACUUUUCUGACCUUGUCAUGAUAGGAGAAAGGAUAGAAAGUGGGAUGAGGAGUGGCAAGAUCGUAUGUGCAGCAACUAGCGUGAAACGACCCCAGACGACAUUCACAAAAAAGAAAGAAGGAGACACUAACGCUGUAAUGGUAAACCCCAGAAUCUCUUAUUUUCCACCCAUCAAUUCUUAUCGACCCCCAAUUUUCCAGCCCCCGAUACCACAAAAUCCUUACACCCCUUAUCCAUAUGUGGCCGCAACCACACAAGCUUCAUUCCCUCAAUAUCACCCUUCAAGACCACCUUUUUAUCAACCACCACCUACCGCAUUUUCCCCACAAAAUCAAUACCCAAGCUCAAAUCACUACAGACCACCUGUCAAUCGAGAAAAAAGGAUAACUCGUUUUGAUCCAAUUCCCGUCACGUAUAGCCAAUUGUUGCCCCAUUUACUUCAAAAUUCAAUGGUAGUCAUAAGACCAAUGAAACCUCUUGAACCACCAUUUCCAAAAUGGUAUAAUCCAAAUGCCAAAUGUGAAUAUCAUGCAGGAGCCGUUGGGCAUUCCAUUGAAGAUUGUCAAGCCCUAAAAUCUAAAGUGCAAGAAUUGAUUAAUGCAAAAUGGCUUACCUUCAAGGAGGACAAUCCCAACAUAGGGAGCAAUCCUUUGCCAGGUCACGGGAACGCCUCUGUGAAUUUCAUUGAAGAUGGGAUAGACCAACAUGCAGUAGAUGGUCAUGUGUUCACCAUGGGGUCGUGUGUGGAAAAUAAUAUAUCUUUCCCAAAACCAUUGGAAAUUCUUUACAAAAAAGAGAAUCUUAAGUCAACUCAUAACAAGCCAAAUGCAAUAAUUCCUAAAGGAACUGAGGUCACUAACAUCUCAGGGAUUGGUGGAAUGACUCGGAGUGGUCGAGUAUACACUCCUGAGCAACUUAGGAAAAAAGAGGUUAAUGGAGAAAAAGGAAAAGAAGAUAUGUAUCAUACCAUAAAAGGACAAGAGAUCAGUAAAAAGACGGUGUCUGAAGAAGAAGCUAGUGAAUUUUUGAAGUUUGUCAAGCAAAGUGAAUAUAAGGUGGUGGAUCAGCUAAAUCAGACCCCUUCCAAGAUAUCAGUUCUCUCCUUGUUAUUGAAUUCUGAAGCACAUAGAAGGGCACUGAUGAAAGUUCUAAACGAAGCCCAUGUUACUCACGAUAUCACUGUCGAUCAGUUUGAUGGAGUUGUCGGUAACAUCACUGCUAGUAGUUGCCUGAGUUUUAGUGAUAAUGAAUUACCAGCUGAAGGGACAGAGCAUAAUAAGGCACUGCACAUCUCUAUGAGGUGUCACGAUCACAUUCUUGCACGAGUGCUAGUAGAUAAUGGUUCAUCAUUAAAUGUCAUGCCUAAAUCAACACUGUCAAAGCUAUUUGUUGAGGGAGCCUGUUUGAAGCCUAGUGCUUUGGUGGUGAAAGCGUUUGAUGGAUCUAGAAGACAAGUGAUUGGUGAGAUUGACCUGCCAAUUCAAAUCGGACCCCACAUCUUUGGGAUAACCUUCCAAGUAAUGGAUAUUAAACCGGCGUACAGUUGUCUUUUAGGGAGACCAUGGAUUCAUGCUGCUGGAGCAGUGACAUCCACUCUCCAUCAAAAGCUAAAGUUUACAGUGAACAAUAAGCUGGUAAUAAUAUAUGGGGAAGAAGAUAUGAUAGUAAGUCAUUUAUCUUCUACAGGCUACAUUGAAGACACGGAGGAAGCCAUAGAGACUUUCUUUCAAGCAUUAGAAAUUGCCAAUGUUGUCUUCAUGGGUGAAGGAUAUCGUUUAAAAGAACCAAAACAAUCUACCAUAUCAUUGAAGUCUACCAAAUCCAUGUUAGAAGGAGGAGUUUUUCUCAAUUUGGGGAAGUUGAUAGAAAUACCAGAAAAGAACAAUAGGUACGGGUUGGGAUAUGUACCUACUCAAGCUGAUGAAGAAAAGGCUGCGAAGGAAAAAAGAGAAAACAAGGUGACUCGUCGAGAAAACUGGAUACCGAAUUCACAGAAGAUUCCUAUUUGUGACAUUCGUCAAAAUUUUCAAAGCGCCGGAAUAAUAUAUGCUGAUCAGGUGGCUGUUGCGGAAGAGGAUCAUGGUGAUGAUGAUACCCUCAAGCUAGUGUACCCUUGUCCUCCAAACACCAAUCUCAACAAUUGGAAGAUCAUCGAGUUUGAGGAUUGUGAAGACGAUUGUGAGCUUCCCCCAGAACUAGAAAGCUUAAUUGAACGGGAAGCUAAGAUAAUCCAACCCUAUCAAGAACCUGUUGAGGCGAUCAAUUUAGGGACUGGGCAUGAUAAAAAAGAAGUUAAAGUUGGUAUGUCUAUGAAAGAAAGUGAGCGAGAAAAGUUGGUUAAACUUUUAAUUGAUUAUGUGGAUGUCUUUGCAUGGUCAUAUCAGGAUAUGCCCGGGUUAGAUACUAACAUAGUUGAACACAAGCUACCACUAAAGCCUGAAUACACUCCAAUUAAACAGAAGUUGAGAAGGAUGAGACCUGAUAUGUCGCUUAAAAUUAGAGAAGAGGUCAAGAAGCAAUUUGAUGCUGGUUUCUUAGCAGUAGCAAAAUAUCCUCAAUGGGUGGCUAAUAUUGUACCAGUUCCAAAGAAAGAUGGAAAGGUUCGAAUGUGCGUUGAUUAUCGGGAUUUAAAUAAAGCUAGUCCUAAAGAUGAUUUUCCUCUACCUCAUAUUGAUGUCCUAGUGGAUAGCACUGCUCAAUACUCUCUUUUCUCCUUCAUGGAUGGUUUCUCAGGGUACAAUCAAAUCAAGAUGGCUCCCGAAGAUAUGGAAAAAACUACGUUCAUCACACAAUGGGGGACUUUCUGCUAUAAAGUGAUGCCAUUUGGAUUGAAGAAUGCCGGGGCAACCUAUCAAAGAGCAAUGGUAACCUUGUUUCAUGACAUGAUGCAUAAGGAAAUAGAGGUUUACGUGGAUGAUAUGAUCGCAAAAUCUCGAACUGAAGAAGACCAUGUUGUUAACCUUCAAAAGUUAUUUGAGCGACUAAGGAAGUUCAAACUUCGUUUAAACCCUGCUAAAUGCACAUUUGGUGUAAGAUCAGGCAAAUUACUUGGGUUUAUCGUUAGUCAAAAAGGGAUAGAGGUGGACCCAGAUAAAGUAAGAGCAAUACAAGAAAUGCCGGCUCCACGCACUGAAAAAGAAGUUCGUGGCUUUUUGGGUAGAUUGAAUUACAUUGCAAGGUUUAUAUCGCACCUCACCGCUACAUGCGAGCCGAUUUUCAAAUUGUUGCGCAAAGACCAAAAGGUUGAAUGGAAUGAGAAUUGUCAAAAAGCUUUCGAAAAGAUUAAGCAGUACUUAUCAAAACCUCCCAUCCUAGUGCCUCCUGUUCAUGGGAAACCACUUAUUAUGUACUUAACAGUACUUGACGAGUCAAUGGGCUGCGUACUGGGGCAGCAUGAUGAAUCUGGUAGGAAAGAACAUGCUAUUUAUUAUUUGAGCAAAAAGUUCACCAGUUGUGAAACAAGAUAUUCACUACUUGAACGAACAUGUUGCGCAUUGGCAUGGGCUGCUCGUCGGUUGAGACAAUACAUGUUAUGUCAUACAACUUGGUUGGUGUCUAAAAUGGACCCAAUUAAGUACAUCUUUGAGAAACCUGCUCUUACUGGAAGGAUCGCCCGUUGGCAGAUGUUGUUAUCAGAAUACGAUUUGGUAUAUGUUACACAAAAAUCCAUCAAAGGAAGCGCACUAGCAGAGUACUUAGCCCAUCAACCGGUAGAAGAUUAUCAAUCAAUGCAGUGUGAAUUCCCCGAUGAAGACAUAAUGAAUUUAGUUGAAGAGAUUGAAUCAUCUGAUAAAGAAAAGUGGAGGUUGGUGUUUGAUGGUGCUUCUAAUGCGUUAGGGCAUGGAAUUGGAGCCAUUUUGAUUUCUCCAGAAAACCAGUUCACUCCAUUUACGGCUAAGGUGUGUUUUUAUUGUACAAACAAUAUUGCUGAAUAUGAAGCAUGUGUUAUGGGCAUUAAAGCGGCUAUUGAAUCAAAUGUAAAAUUUCUUGAGGUAUAUGGAGACUCAUUGUUGGUCAUCCAUCAGACGAAAGGAGAUUGGGAAACGCGAGAUUCUAAAUUGAUUCCGUAUCACACCCAUAUCAAAGAAUUGACAGAACAAUUUGAGAAGAUUACUUUUCACCAUAUCCCUCGAGAAGAAAACCAGUUAGCUGACGCCUUGGCCACUUUGUCGUCAAUGUUCAAAAUAACCACUAAUCAAGACGUGCCGGUCAUAAAGAUUCAACAAAGAGAUAAACCUGCAUAUUGCUUAUCAAUAGAAGAAGAGUUGGAUGGCAAGCCGUGGUUUUAUGACAUCAAAUCAUAUGUUAAGAAUAAGGAAUAUCCAUUGGGUAUUUCAGAGAACGACAAAAGGGUUUUAAGGAGAUUGUCAAUGAAUUUCUUCUUGAAUGGUGAUGUGCUUUAUAAGAGAAAUCAUGAUAUGGUUCUCCUCAGAUGUGUGGAUAAAGCAGAAGCGGGGAAAAUUAUCCAAGAGGUUCACGAAGGUUCUUUCGGAACUCAUGCAAAUGGGCACACAAUGGCUAGAAAAAUCUUAAGGGCUGGCUACUACUGGUUGACCAUGGAAUCCGACUGCUUUAGUCACGUAAAGAAAUGUCACAAAUGUCAAAUCUAUGCUGAUAAAAUACAUGUACCACCCACUUCUUUGAAUGUUUUAACAUCACCAUGGCCAUUUUCAAUGUGGGGAAUGGAUGUUAUUGGACUCAUCGAGCCUAAGGCUUCAAAUGGACACCGGUUUAUCCUAGUAGCUAUUGAUUAUUUCACAAAAUGGGUUGAAGCCGCUUCUUAUGCCAAUGUGACGAGAAGUGUGGUUGUCAGAUUCAUCAAAAGAGAAUUGAUUUGUCGAUAUGGAUUGCCAAAUAAGAUAAUCACUGAUAACGCGACUAAUCUGAAUAACAAAAUGAUGAAAGAGUUGUGUGAUAAUUUCAAAAUUCAACACCAUAAUUCUUCUCCAUAUCGUCCGAAAAUGAAUGGGGCUGUAGAAGCAGCAAAUAAGAAUAUCAAGAAGAUCAUACAGAAGAUGGUGGAGACAUAUAAGGAUUGGCAUGAAAUGCUUCCCUUUGCAUUACAUGGCUAUAGAACCUCUGUUCGUACCUCAACAGGGGCAACUCCUUUCUCAUUGGUGUAUGGAAUGGAAGCGGUACUUCCCAUCGAAGUUGAAAUUCCCUCAAUCAAAGUCCUGAUGGAAACAAAAGUAGAAGAGGCAGAGUGGGUUCAAUCACGAUAUGACCAAUUGAAUCUCAUAGAAGAAAAAAAAAUGAUAGCUUUGUGUCAUGGUCAACUAUAUCAAAAAUGACUCAAAAAAGCUUACGAGAAAAAAGUCCGUCCUCGAGAGUUUCGAGAAGGAGAAUUAGUGUUGAAGAAAAUAUUGCCCAUAAAAAAAGAUUCUCGGGGAAAGUGGACUCCGAACUACGAAGGACCAUAUGUUGUGAAAAAAGCUUUCUCUGGGGGAGCUCUAAUACUCGCAGAAAUGGAUGGAGAUGAGCUUCCACUUCCAGUAAACUCAGAUGCAGUCAAGAAAUAUUAUGCUUAAAAAAAAUAGAAAAUUGGGCUCGCUAGGUUGAAAACCUGAAAAGGCGACCUAGGCAAAAAUUAGAGCAUCCCGAUGGAUUGAAAACUUGGAAGAGUGGUCCAUGCAAAAGUUAGGGAUAACAAAAGAAUCAAGCAUUUCAAGUUGGGGCAGUUAUUAUUCUUAGAAGUUCUAAAUUACAAGAAUGACUAGCGUUUGUUGUCUCUCCAACUAAAGCUAAACACGCUCCCCACAUUGUAACUCAUGUCUCAUUUGCAAUGAAUGUACAUUUUCCAAUAUCAUUGUUCGAUGUUGUGCCUUACACUCUCUCU